AUGAGUCACUAAGGAGUACUGUCAACGAAGUAAUAAGAAGCAGCUUUCUUGAAAAUACUUAAAAAGUAAUGCAACUUUACAUGUGCGGAUUGCUCAUCGAAAUCGCCUACUUGGGCAUCUCUGGAUUUUGGAGUUUUUGUGUGCUAUAAUUGCUCAGGUUAGCACAGAGCCUUAGGAUAGAAUAUAACUAGAGUGAGAUCGACUAAACUAGAUUGUUGGACUUAAGAAAACGUUGAUUUGAUGGAUGCUUUAGGAAACGACUAAAAUGAGUAUUGGGAAAACAGAUUACAAAAAAAUAAUAAAAUCCAACCUUCUGCUUCUCCAGAAGAAAUUAAACUCUUUGUUCAAGAAAAGUAUGUAAAAAGAACCUGGGUAAAAUAGGGUCAGGCUGAUCCGAAAACUCGAUAUACAUAAUGUCUCAUGAGUGGCGUACCUUUUAGAGUUGUAAAAACUAACACAUUUUUUAGUGAAAAUGGGACUCAAGGUUAACAGGUAAAAGAUGAAAUGAAACAAUUUCAUUCUACCUAACAAUAAGGAAUUCAAAGAAAUAAUAGGUAAUUUAGCAUAGAGUCAAAAUAAACUUAAAAAGAAGCAAAUCUUAUUUCACCAGAUAAGGGAGGUCAAUUUGAUUGGAAUUCAUUUAAUCAUUUCUCUACUUUUUCUGGUGUUCCUAGCCAUCACACCUACUAAACUAACUAAUUAGAAAUAUAACCUAAAAAAUUAUAAUAAAAUGAGGAUCAAUCUCCAAGCUUCAAGCCAAAGAACAAUAACUUAAAUGAUUUUGAUUUACUAACCUAUUCAUCAAUGGCAGAUAAUUAAUAAUUUAUGUCAUAUAAUCCAAUACAAUAAUAAUCUUUAUAACAAUAAACUCACUAGUAAUUUAAUACACAUAAUCCUUAAUACAAUACAGUAAAUUAAUAGUCAUGGUCAUAAGCUUAGAAGUAGGCAUAAAUAUAAUCAUAAUAAUAAUAAUAACAAGCAAAUUAAUAAGUUAAUUAGUAAUAGUAAAAUAAUUAAUUACUAAACUUGGGAAACAAUGCUUUUGGAUCUAAUAACCAAUAAUAAAUUUGGGGAUAAUAACCAUAACCAUAACCAUAAUAAUAAUAAUAAUAAUAAUAAUAAUAAUAAUAAUAAUAAUAAUAAUAAUAAUAAUAAUAAUAAUAAUAAUAAUAAUAAUAAUAAUAAUAAUAAUAAUAAUAUAAUUAAGCAAGUAGUAAACCUCCUCUUCCUGGUCGAUAAAAUGGUUAAUUUAAUUAAUCAAAUAUGAAUUUCUCUUAAUAAUAACCUUAAAUAUAAUAGUAAUUAGCUAAUUAAGUUAAUUAUUAACCAAAUUUUUCAUAAUAAUAAUAAGCAAAUUAAUAAUAGCAACCAAAAUAAUAAUAAUAAUAAUAAUAAUAUCAAUUUCUGAAUCAAAACUAAUAAAAUAAUACAUAAAAUUUCGGAUUUGACAAUAAUGUUAAUAAUAACAACCAGCAAAUGUAUUAAGGAUUUAAUAAUAUUUAAUUCCCUGCAAAUUAAGGAAAUAUUAAUAAUAACUAAUAAUAUCACCAAUUUAAUACAACAAACUAACCUUCAAACUCAAAGUACUAAAACAAUCCAUUUGCAAAUGAUGCUUAAGACAUAAGGAACCUCUAUAAUACUCAAUAGCCGAGCAAGUAUGAUUAGUUGAGAAACAAUCCUUUUGUUUGA